UCUCUUUUGACUGAAGAGGCAAAUGUGCAGGAAACAUGAAAUCUCCUAUACUAAGAUGAGCUUUAGCUUUCUGAAUAUCAAGGUGCCCAUCAUAAUGAUAGAAGGAGGUGUCUCGUUCUAUAUUCGUGGAAACUUUCUCCUUUUCUAAAACCUGUAAUUGUAGGAGAAUAAUGUAACAAAUCCAAUACGCCCGCCAAUAUUGGUAACUUAUCAGAGACGUGGCAAGAGGGGUAAAGAAGGACAAAAAAGGCAACGGUCACCUGGAGGAGCAGGGGAUAUUCAGACUGUCCCACAGAGGAUAAUCAGAGAAUGGCAGAGAAUAUUCUGAAUUAAAUGAGCUGUAUGGUGAGGUGGCGCUUGGGUAGGAAAAGGAAGAACCUAGUGGCUAUAAAUAAGAGAGGUGAGGAAGGGUUAAGGUAUCCAGAAAUUGAGUAAUUACCUUGUGUAGUUGGGAGAGAUCUUGGCCUCUCGAAAGCCUUGACUUACCUUGUAAUAGAGUUCUUCAUAAUCAAUCAAACACCAUUAUCAACCUGAACUUCAUUAUUUCUGCUUGUUAUUUCCAUAUUUUUGUGCUAACAGUAACAGUGAGUAGAAGUAGUUUGUUACAACUUGGUAUCAGAGCACAAGAUCCAUGGCACCACCCACGGCCGUCCAAAAUGCACAACGGAUGGAUAGAAUCGAAGAGGAGAUAACCACCCUCAAGAGUACCGUGGCGGAAGAAGUUGCGACAGCAGUGGCAAAGGCCGCAGCGGAAAUGCAAACUUCAAUCACUCAACAGAUCAUCUCGAGUAUGGAACUCUCUAUCCAAAGGUUAGAGGGACGGAUUGAAAGGACGAGAGAGAACCAUGAAGGGAUGAUGGAGGCAUUUCGGGCAGGGCAGAAUAGAUUUCAAGAGGAAGUCAGAAGCGCAUUGAAUCAAAGGAGGGCUCCCUCCUUCCAAGAGGGGAACGAGGAUGAAAACUUCCAUGGGGGGGAGUUUGGGCCCGGAGAGGACCGUACCCCUCAUAGGGAGGAGAGAAGGGAAGGAAAUGACUUCACCUUCGUCGAAAACCCAGGAGGAGGAGGAGCCUUUAUGGUGAACCCGGGUGGUGGAGGAUCCGGAGGCGGACCUGGAGGACAUGAUGACGGACAAGGGUGGAGAAGAAGUGCCGGGGGAGCUAUGGGAGGUACUCGCGGCGGAAUGGGGUGGAAUGGAUGGGGAGCCGGAGGCCCAGGUGGGAGUGGCAACGGCAAUGAGCCUUUCGAAGGGAGAAACGGAGACAGAGGGGAAUCUGGCUUUGGGGGGAAUUGGGAUAACGGCGGUGGUUCCGGCGGAGGAGGCCCGGGGGGUGGAAAUCGUCGGUAUAGAAAGCUGGAUAUGCCUCUCUUCGACGGGAAAGAGCCGGACGACUGGGUAGUUAAGGCGGAGCGAUACUUCAACUUCUAUUAUCUCACGGAGGCUGAGAAAAUGGAGGCGGCGGUGGUAGGACUUGAGGGCGAUGCUCUCUCGUGGUAUAAUUGGGAACACAGGAGGCGACCCAUAAAUAGGUGGUCGGAGCUACGGAAAUUGGUACUCCAGCAGUUUCGGCCGGCCAAUUCCGGAUCUCUCUAUGAACAGUGGCUCGCCGUCCGCCAAACGGACACCGUGGUCAACUAUCGCCGGCAGUUCAUUAAGUUGGCAGCACCACUGGACCAGAUACCCGAGAGGAUCCUCAUGGGUCAGUUUCUGCAUGGGUUGAAGGAGGAUGUGAAGGCCGAAGUCAGACAAAUGGGGCCACUGACCUUGGAUCAAGCUAUGGACCAAGCAGCGCGGGCCGAGGAGAAAUUAAGGAUAGCAAGGGGGCCCAAGUAUAAUGGACCAGGUGACACCAAAGGAGUUAACACGUGGGGGGCCCAAAACAGAGGUAAUAACUCUCCUUUUAUUAAUACUCAGCCCAAUGUUGGGCAAACUUAUCCUCUUAAAAACUGGGGAACCCAGUACUCUUCAGGAAGUACAAAUCCACCACCUAAACCACCAGGAGAAAUCAGGAGAUUGACGGAGCGUGAGUUACAGGAGAAAAAAGAAAAGGGGUUAUGCUUCCGGUGUGACGACAAAUGGACCAUUGGUCACCGAUGUAGGAAGAAGGAGCUAAGUGUGUUACUCACAUUCGAAGAAGAGGGAGACGAAGCAGAAUUGGGAGAAAAGGAGUUCGGAGACGAAGGGGAACUCGAAGAACCACCUACGGCGGAGGUAUCACUCAACUCCGUGGUAGGCAUUACCAACCCGAAAACUAUGAAGGUGGUGGGAGAGAUUGAUGGAAACCAGGUAGUUAUUAUGGUCGAUCCCGGGGAAACUCACAACUUCGUAUCUAUGGCGAUAGUGGAGAAAUUGGGUCUGCCGGUGAGGGAGGCAAGGAGAUUCGAGGUGUCGUUGGGGAACGGAGAUUCGAUCUUCGGGGUGGGAGAAUGCACUGGAGUAAAGGUAAGGAUGGGUGAACUGGAGCUGAAUGAGGAUUUCUUGCCAAUAAAAUUAGGGAAUUCUGACCUGAUUUUAGGAAUCCAAUGGUUGGAAAAAUUAGGAACGGUGGUGACGAAUUGGAAGGAGCAGACUAUGAGGUUCACUUAUGAGGGUAAGAAAGUCACCUUGAAGGGAGACCCGGCUUUAAAUCGGUCUUGCAUCUCUCUGAAGGCCAUGAUUCGGACCAUCCGCAAGGAGAAGGGAGGUUUCUUGAUUGAAAUGGGGCAGCUGGACAGUGGCUCAGUUCCCGAGCCACAAGGGGAAGAGUCAUUAGGGAAGGCACCCGCAUUUUUGAGGCAGGUAAUGGAGCAGUACCAAGGAGUGUUCCGAGAACCUACAGGCCUCCCCCCACAAAGAGGUCAUGAGCAUCAGAUCACUCUUAGGCAGGGUAGCAAUCCAGUUGGGGUGCGCCCCUAUCGGUAUCCACAAUAUCAAAAAGAAGAAAUUGAGCGGUUGAUCACCGAGAUGCUAGAGGCCGGCAUCAUAAGGCCCUCAACAAGUCCCUUCUCCAGUCCUGUGUUACUAGUGCGCAAGAAGGAUGGCUCUUGGCGCUUUUGCGUGGACUAUCGGGCUCUCAAUAAGGAGACUAUACCGGACAAGUAUCCGAUCCCAGUGAUUGAUGAGCUUCUUGAUGAGCUCCAUGGUUCUAGGGUGUUCACCAAAUUGGAUCUCAAGUCGGGAUACCAUCAAAUUUUGCUUAAACCUGAGGACACUCACAAGACGGCAUUUAGGACGCAUGAAGGACACUAUGAGUUCCUAGUGAUGCCCUUUGGCCUAACCAACGCACCAGCCACCUUCCAGUCACUAAUGAAUGAGGUAUUUCGGCCCUUCCUUCGUAAAUUCGUGCUUGUUUUCUUUGACGAUAUACUUGUGUAUAGUGCUAAUGAGAAGGAUCAUGAGUGUCACUUGGGAAUGGUAUUACAAACAUUGGAGGCAAACCAAUUGUUUGUAAAUCUGAAAAAAUGCGAAAUAGGCCUUCCGGAGGUGGCAUACUUGGGUCACAAGGUGAGUGGAGAAGGAGUGGCGGCAGAUUAUGAGAAGAUACGUGCCAUGGUAGAAUGGGAACCUCCAAAAAAUUUGAAGGAGCUGAGGGGAUUCCUUGGGCUCACGGGAUACUACAGAAAGUUCGUGGCUCAUUACGCACAUAUCGCGCAACCUCUGACAGCUCAGCUUAAAAAAGAUGCCUUUGGAUGGACUGAAGAAGCAGACCAAGCCUUUCGAGCUUUGAAAACAGCCAUGACAAAUACCCCAGUUCUUGCGCUCCCCAAUUUCAAGAUACCCUUCAUCCUGGAAACUGAUGCGUCAGGGUACGGAGUAGGGGCUGUUUUAAUGCAGAAUAAUCACCCCAUAGCCUUCUACAGCAAAUUGUUGGGGCCACGCUCACAGGCUAGAUCCGUCUACGAAAAAGAAUUAAUGGCAAUCUGUCUAGCCAUUCAAAAAUGGCGUCAUUACCUCCUUGGGAGACAUUUUAUUGUGCGCACGGAUCAGCAAAGUCUCAAGUUUAUUAUGCAGCAGCGAGAGAUAGGGUCACAAUACCAGCGUUGGGUUAGUAAGUUAAUGGGCCUAGACUUCGAAAUACAAUAUAAACCGGGGCCAUCUAAUAACGUGGCUGAUGCGUUAUCCCGAAAACAUUCGGGGGAAGUAGAAUUGGGGUCUACAGAAUGUAGGCAAGAAGUUGACUGGGAGGAGUUAUGUCAAGAAAUCAAACAGGACCAGACACUGCAGAAAAUUACAGCAGAAGUGCAAGAGGAUCCAGGAGCUCACCCAUAUUUUUCAGUGGUAGAGGGAAGGUUGCUGUACAAAGGACGAGUUGUAAUUCCACAGAACUCAGUGUUUGUACAGAGUUUAUUGGAAGAGAAUCACGAUUCUCCCACGGGUGGGCACUCGGGGGACCUAAAAACUUACCUCAGGUUGGCUACGAGUUGGUAUUGGGUAGGCAUGCGUGGUGAUGUAACCAAAUAUGUGAGGAGGUGUGGAGUAUGCCAACAGUUCAAAGCCACCAACUUGAGUCCAGCCGGGCUGCUGCAACCUCUACCGUUGCCCAGGUUGGUGUGGGAAGAAAUAACAAUGGAUUUUAUCGAAGGCCUACCUCGUUCCAAGGGGUGUGACACGGUGUUUGUGGUGGUCGAUCGGCUCACGAAGUAUGCACACUUCCUAACUCUCAAGCAUCCAUUUACAGCAUAUACAGUGGCGGGGGUAUUCAUUAAAGAGAUCGUCAGAUUGCACGGAUUUCCAUCAUCAAUUGUGUCCGAUAGGGAUCGAAUAUUUAUGAGCUUAUUCUGGAAAGAGCUCUUUCGUCUUCAUGGCACAACCCUAAAGAGGAGUACCGCUUAUCAUCCCCAAACGGAUGGGCAAACGGAGAUAGUUAACAAAUGUUUGGAGGCUUAUUUGCGUUGCUUUACUUCGGGUCAGCCUAGGCAAUGGGCUACAUGGCUCCAUUGGGCUGAAUUUUGGUAUAAUUCAUCCCCUCAUCUGUCCACCAAGAUCACUCCGUUCAAGGCACUCUACGGGCGAGAUCCCCCCCAACUGAUUCGCCUGGGUAGAGGGCAUACCGCCGUUGAUAGUGUGGAAACAUUGCUGCUGGAACGCGAAGCCAUACUGGAUGACCUCAGGCUUAAUCUCAUCAAAUCCCAGCAAAGGAUGUCGAAGUAUGCAAACCAGAAAAGGAGGCAGGAGGCAUAUGAAAUUGGGGAUAGGGUGUAUCUUAAAUUGCAGCCGUACCGACAGCAGUCUUUGGCACGUAGGCCCUUUGAGAAAUUAGCCCCGAGGUUCUAUGGUCCCUUCACCAUCACCCAACGGAUUGGGGCAGUGGCGUAUAAGUUGGCACUCCCACCGCACAGUAAACUUCACCCAGUGUUCCAUGUGUCUCAGUUGAAGAAGGCAGUAGGGGAGGUCCAGGCUGUGGCAGAACUCCCAAGUAACAUCUCAUCUGACUUGGAGUGGUUAGCUGAACCAGAGGCAGUUCUGGACAUACGCACAGUAGGGUCACCCUCAUCUCCAAGGGUCGAAGUCCUUAUCAAGUGGCAGCAGUCCUCAAAUUUUGAGGCAACAUGGGAAGAGUUCCAUUCAAUCCAACGUCGCUUUCCUCACUUCCACCUUGAGGACAAGGUGAGUGUUUGGGACCGGGGUAAUGUAACAAAUCCAAUACGCCCGCCAAUAUUGGUAACUUAUCAGAGACGUGGCAAGAGGGGUAAAGAAGGACAAAAAAGGCAACGGUCACCUGGAGGAGCAGGGGAUAUUCAGACUGCUGGGACAGAGGAUAAUCAGAGAAUGGCAGAGAAUAUUCUGAAUUAAAUGAGCUGUAUGGUGAGGUGGCGCUUGGGUAGGAAAAGGAAGAACCUAGUGGCUAUAAAUAAGAGAGGUGAGGAAGGGUUAAGGUAUCCAGAAAUUGAGUAAUUACCUUGUGUAGUUGGGAGAGAUCUUGGCCUCUCGAAAGCCUUGACUUACCUUGUAAUAGAGUUCUUCAUAAUCAAUCAAACACCAUUAUCAACCUGAACUUCAUUAUUUCUGCUUGUUAUUUCCA